UUAGAAUCCGACAGUACGACAGCCACCUUUGCCGUUAACGGCCGUCUGAUACGUCACGAUACGCGCGCGCAAUAUUGCCGAUGAAUUCGAUUUUUUAAAAAAUCGAACGCCAAUGGACUUAUGCGUUUUAUAAUGUUUCCAAAUUCAAAUUUAAAAUUAUAAUGUUUAUGCAAACGUACGAGUCGCUGCCGGCAAAUCUCGAUGAAGAAUUUGCUAGGCCAGUCGAGUCCAUAAUGAGAUGUGAGGACUUCAAAAGUAAUUUUGCAAGGAGGCUUUCUAAUAGAUACACCACUAGAACGCCGCUAACAAGUCCGAAGCAAGAUACUGGGCUGAAAUUGUGUCCUCAAGAUGUGAAGAGCAGCAUCUCUGAUAAUGUUCCAGAAAGAAUUGAGCGUCCUCAACUUUCCAAAAAUAUUAUUAUGGAGCAGAACGGCGAAUCAGUGAAGCCUCCGGACAAAUCUUUCAAUAUGAAAUCCGACAUACGAUGCACCGAAGUGACAGCCCUUAACAUGGAAGUGGAAACCCUGAGGUGGCAACUUGCGCAAACUGAAGCCAACAGGCAGAUGCAUAUAGCUUUAUUGAAGCAAAUAGUUACUUUCCUAAAUAAGGUUAAGGAUCAUAUAGAAUACCAGAAGAAUGAGAGUGCCGACAAGGAGCCUCCGAAGCCUUUCCCACGUGCCUACAAGCAUCAUGACUUGCCUCGGUCUAAGUCCGUUCUACAUGUGAACAAGAAUGUUGAAUUGCCUCCCACCAAAAAAAUAAGCCCAAAAAAGAUUAGUAAAUCCAUCAGUAAUGUCAAUGGAUUCAAGGAUUUCAACGGAAGUUGGAAUCAACUGAAGUCAUCUCCUCACCCUGAUACAGAAGCUUCGAAAAAGAUAUCAGAGGAAAUGUCAAGGUUAAUCACUCUUGCCAAUACUGUGCUAAGCACAAAGCUGCCCGAUCUCGCGUGUACGUAUAACGAUAUUCCAACUGAGAUGAAUGGCUUAUCAUCUUUGAACCAGAUCGAAAAGGUAGCGUCCAGAAAAACAUCAACAGCUUCUUUAAAUACGCUGGAGCAAAGCACAACAAAUGCGUUCAUUUUGAAUACCAUGUGCGAUACUGAUGACCCGUACAAUGAUAUUACAAAUAAGUUCGCAAAAGCCAAGGACGAUACCUUGACUAAUUUUAUUGGGUCACCUUCACCACUCACUUGUGGUUUGGAAAACGAUUUCGCCGCUAUACAGGUAAACGAUAAAGAACAUACCAAUUCACUGUCUGCAAAAAAUAGGAUGAAUAUAAAUGUUAAAGCGUCUAAGAUCACUGCUGAUAGAAAAAAUGAUUACAAUCACAUGUCUAAUUUUAUUGAGGACGAAAGUGGUUUCUCCUCGAUGAGUUCUUUUCAAGAGAUUGGAAUACCAAUAAUAAGUAUUAUUCCACCAUCUCCAUGCAAGGAGGUGGGAUACUUAGAAGAGGUGCCUGAUAUUAUGGGCGAUCAUGAGAAGUGGAAGACUGAUACGAUCGAACUCGACAAGCAGAGCGUGAAGGUGUUUUGGGUUUGAAUCAACGUACAAAGUUUUCAGUUCAAAGUGUUGUAACUCUCAAAACUAUUUUGUGCAGUUAACACAUCUUAGUUAUACUUAUUUAUAUAUUGCCUUAAACUAGGGUUACUAACACUGUCUAGUGUUUUAAUAAUUCAAUAAAGUUUAAAAUAACAUUAA